AUGGCAUGGCAUGGCUUUCUCCCAUUGUCCGAUGCCCCUUUUCGUCCGGUUGCCAACCCAAUGACCCCACGUACUGGUCCUCUUUCACCGGCUAUUGCCAUGCGCUCCAGUCGCCCGUCUAUGAGCUCUGCCAGGCUAUACGUUCACUCUUUACUCUCCAUCUCCAUCUUCCUCUCCACUCGCCGCUUCGGUACCCACGACAUCUCGUUAAAGAGCAGAAAAGUCACAAAUCUUGCCAGUGAACACCACUCUCUCGGCCGUCUCCGCCCCAAAUUGCCGCGACAGUCGAUUUCUCUUACAUGCUGCAAAGCCUCCCUCAUCUGGCCGCCCCAUUUCAAACUCCCCUCACCCUGUACCCUCAUACCCUCGUAUCCUCGCGCCCUCUCAGUCUUGGCCAUCUCGUCAUCAGACCGAGUCUCUCCUCCAACCUCUGCCUAUGACGUAAUCGGAAGGAUGGCGCGUGCCGGCUUCCUCGAUCCGGAAACCGGCUGGCCGAUCGCCCGAGCCGACCUGCCGCGAGUUCAGCCAGACUAG